UCCUCAUCUCUUUCCCUCCCAUUUGGAUAAUAUCAUAGCACAACUUCAUGAUUCUUGUGGGGCUUUAGCCAGAUUGUCCAACUGCCAUUCCUGACCCCACCAUCCCACAUGCACAUACCUCAUCUUGCUUUUACCGACUCCCUCUCUGGUUACCCUUUUCUUUCCCCUCCCUAUUUAUAACCCAUACAUCCCCACUUCACUGGAGAAAAGGGCAAAAAAGAGUGACACUGAUUCAAAGAUUAAACCUUAAGAUUGAUUUCCUUGGUUUUGCGCUCAACACAUCUCCCCAAGUCUUGCUUUCAGUAGCCUAUAGCAAACAGAGAGAGAGAGACUACUCUACUCCUAUUACUAGGUGUAGUUGCUAUGGAACUUGAAGAUGAUUUGUUCUUUGCAGACCUAAACAAGCAAAUUUCUCUUCUAAUCAUGGAUGAUGAUGAGGACCCAGUUGCAAGUUACCCUUCUGUUGCUUUCCAGAAUUUCUCAAGAGGGAAUCAUCCAACUGCACCAUCUUCAUAUACAUAUGAACAAACUUGCAGAAGAGAAAGCAAAGGAACAGGAGUUUUCAUUCCAAGGUCAUCACAGCCAAGAAGGAAACACAGGCAAGGAAGACAUUCUUCAUUCAACUCAAAAACCAAUAGGCAACAUGACAGUACAAGAAUGGUUUCUCACCAAGUAUCACACAACAAUUCCUUAUACCCCAAGAAAAGCUAAUUAAUAAUGGGUAUAAUUACAUAUCAAAAUAUGGAAUAUAUUCUACUAAUUAAUUUCUCUUAUUGCCAAGCAAGGGUGGAGGCAAGUGUAGCAUGGGGUUUAUAUAAGAUCCAUAUGUUGAAAAUGUACAGAGAAAAGCUGUUUACUCUGUUUCUAGCUAGAUAGUAGGUCUUAGUGAGGUUGAUCAAAGGAAUUGAACCUCUCAGAAUAAUGGAAAUGUAUGGUUGUUUUUCAAGUAUUGUAUAGGGAUAAGGUUGUGUUGCUACACUAAUUAAUGAGAUUGAUUAUUUCAUUUUA